GAAGAAUACUAUCAUUUGUUGGCGGAAAAAAUUUACAAAAUACAAAAAGAAUUACAAGAAAAGAAGAUCAAACGAUUGCACGAGCAAGGGCGAGCUGGUGUAGUUGCUGGCAUGCAGCCAGCACAACUAGUUGAUUUCGAUAUGCCUGGACCGCCAAACCGUACGACACCAUCAUUCCAACCAGCAAGUGCUUGUAUGGCUGUGUCGCAGCAGCUCAAUGGACCAUCUACCUCAACAAGUACGGUUUUGCGGUUGUGA